UGACAAUUGGGCUUGGGCUUGUUCUAGGUUUGGUCUUUAAUUAAGAGAAUCCCAAGUAAGCAAAUUAUUUAAUUACUUCAACUGUCAAAAACAGUAACAGAAAUCAAAGACUGCAAGCAAAAGGAGAAAAAUGGUGAAAGCAGUAGUGGGAGAAGAAAUACAGCUCAAAUUAGCUGAAAAUCGGCUUGGCAAAUCUCGACUUCCUUCUCAGGUAGGGCUUGUAAUUGGGAAUUUGAGUUCGAAAUUAGAUCGAGGAUUCCUAUUUGAUUUAAUCCCAACGCCGCCAAACGACGACGGUAAACCGGCCUGUUCCAUAAUCGGCGGCAGCGUAAAAGAUGAUCGGAAAAAGGCAUUGAAAGGGAAGUCGCAGCCUGAUUCUUCGGCAUUGUUCAUUGACCAAGAUUGGGUUGCUGAACACGCUCGUCAGGUUCAAUUUUUAGCCUUUUUGUUUUUCUCUACUUUCUGUUAUGUGUAUUUUAUGUCUGCUAGAUUAUGAGACUAGUCUCAUAGGGUUUUUGUA